UAUCCAAGUAAAUAGUGGUGUUAUUCAAACCACCCUUUUCAAAGGCAGUCAUCUCUAGGAUGCUCCAUUAUUCUGCAUAAUAACCGCCUUAGAAUUGAACCAACGCGAAAUUGAGAAGCGAAAAUGGGAUGGGUUUGGAGCGACGACAACGACGACGACGAUUCUCAACGCAACAUCUCUUCAGGCUCCGAUGAACAUAGCUCCACCAGGAAAAUCGUGAAAUCGCAGUGCAGAACGGAAGAGGUUGAACCUGGAAAGUUCCUUAGGAAAUGCGAGAAAACUGAAGAGCUUCUCAGAACUUGCGCUGGAAGGCCUGUUGAAGUGCUGCAAUCAAACAAGGAGUACACGGAAGAAGAUAUCACUAAUGAGGUACUUAGAGCAAGAUCUACCACAUCUGGCUCAUCAAACAGCUCACCAGACCAUGGUGUGUUCUUCCCUGGGCUACGAAAUGAUAUUGAAAACAUGGAACGCAGCUUCUUCUUUGGUGGUAUCAGUCGCUUAUUUGAAGCAGCUGAAGAAAUGAAAAAUGGCCUUUUUGAUGUUAUUGCAAAGGCAGAGUCGUCAUCUUCAUCCCCUACCAGGAGAGGGAUACCUAUUGAAGAGUAUGGACGACAAGAAACUCGUCCUAGAUCCAUGGAUAUGGAUUCAGGGGAUACUGAUUUCACUGGAUUGGCGAAGGACGUUUAAACUAAAGUGUUUUCCAUACUUGCUAUCAUUUUUGAGUUUGAUCUCGAACAUUUCGACUACAUGUAUGCCCUUUAACAAGGUCUUUUUUCCCCGCUGUUUAGUUUUUGUUUCUUAUUAGAAAAACUGACUAAUGUUUUGUAAGGUAGUAUGAACUUUAUACGCAAACUUUAUAUUUUAGCUAGGUUCUCUGGGGAUGUUUUGGGGAAAUUCCUGGGUAAUGGAACCAGUUAGAAAAUUCUAGAUGUGAGUAUUCAAUGAUUA